AUGGCGGGCAACGACAUGGUGUACAUCGCCGGCCUCCCGGACACCGUGCGCGAGUCCGACCUCUCCGAGAUCUUCGGCUCGAUCGGUCAGCUCAAGCGCGACAAGAAGAAGAACUGCGACAAGGUGUGGAUCUACAGAGACAAGGACACGGGGCUCCCGAAGGGCGACGCGACGGUGUCGUACGCGGACCCGCACGCCGCGGAGGCGGCGGUGAGCUGGUUCGACGGCACGGAGGUGUUAGGGUGCAAGGUCAGCGUCGCGCUCGCGCGGGGGAGGGACGGGAGCGAGGUCGCGCCGGCGUCG